AUGUCUGGUGCAAAGGAAGAAACUGAUGAGACUAUGGGGAAUGAGAAGGAUUUGAGACGCGAUCGGGAACGGGAGCAGCAGAAUCUUCUGGCUGCACGACAGACUGUUCUUAUGGAGCAGCAGAAUAUUCUGAUGGCGCAACAGAAUAUUCUGACGGAGCAGCAGAAUGUUCUGAUGGCGCAGCAUAAUAUUCUGAUGGGGCAGCAGAAAAUUCUGACGGAGCAACAGAAUGCUCUGGUGGCGCAGCAGAAGAUUCACACGGAACAACAGAAUGUUGCAGAUCAGCAGGCUAUGGAAAUGACGGGGCAGAAGAAGGUUCAAGAACACACGGAGCAACAACAUUCUUCUUCUGCAAAUCCUGCAAUGCAGCAAUCUUUGAGUGAAGAAGAGCCUUGGAAAAUCAAGAAAGUGCUGCAAGAUUUUGAUCUGACUUUACGACUUCUUGUGGCACCAUCGUUGGCAAGAAAUUUCAUGCUACCUGUGUUGAAUGCUACUGAUUAUGAGAUUGAAAAAGGUAUUGAUGUUGAGAUUUGGGAUGUGGACACUCACACCAAACACUCUCUCUUUUUCACGAAAAAGUCUAAUGCUUAUAUUUUAGUGAACAACUGGAUCAAUGAUUUUGUGUGUAGAAGGGCUCUGCACAGAGGGGAUGAGAUUGGUCUUCGUUGGGAUCCAACCAGAAACUGCUUUGAUUUUUCUGUUCUACGUAGGCACCGGUCAGGAUAG